UCCUACCUAACUCCUACCGAACCGCUCCUUUCGUGCCUUCUACCAUACCCUUUCUCGCUGCUCUUUAGCUCUCUCUGCGAAAUCCUAAUCCCUAAUCCCUCAUCUGUCGUCGACAUGGAUCCCCAGUCCGCCGCCGCCCGCCACGUUGCCGUCAUCGCUGGCCAUCUGAACUGCCCCUCUCCCUCCGCGGCAGCCCCACUCGCGCUCGCCGCGUGCCUCCAUUAUGACCCGCCCGAGCUCUCCGAGAAGCCGCCGGCCUUCGACCUCGCCGCGCUGCGCCGGGUUCUGGACGGCCACGACCUCGCGGCGCGGGACUGGCUGUUCCGGCUGAUGGAGGAGAGCCCGCUCUUCUGCCCCCGCCGCCGCGGCGACAGGACGUUCGUUGCCCCGGACUACAACCAGACCAAGGAACAGCAGCGGGCGGUCACGAUGCGGCGGAUCGAAUACCUGCUCCGCCGUGGUGUGUUCGAAGGGUGGAUCACAGGGAGCGGCCCGGAGGCGGAGUUGAGGAAGCUUGCCUUCUUCGAGUGCAUCGCGAUCUAUGACCACUCCCUCUCUGUCAAACUAGGGGUCACUUUCUUUCUCUGGGGAGGGGCAAUUCGGUUUUUUGGCACAAAGCGUCAUCAUGACAAAUGGUUGAAGGCUACUGAGGAUUAUCAAGUUAAGGGUUGUUUUGCAAUGACUGAGUUGGGGCAUGGAAGUAAUGUUAGAGGAAUCGAGACAAUUGCUAUUUAUGACACAAACACAAGAGAGUUUGUGAUAAACACUCCAUGUGAAUCAGCUCAGAAGUACUGGAUUGGAGGAGCUGCUAAUCAUGCAACACACACAAUAAUCUUCUCUCAACUCCUUAUAAACGGAACCAGCCAAGGGAUCCAUGCAUUUGUAGCACAAAUCCGAGAUGCAGAUGGAAAUGUUUGCCCCAAUGUUCGUAUAGCUGACUGUGGUCACAAGAUUGGCUUGAAUGGUGUUGAUAAUGGUCGGAUAUGGUUUGAUAAUCUCAGAGUCCCUCGGGAAAACUUGCUAAACUCAGUUGCUGAUGUAUUGCCCGAUGGGCAAUACGUGAGCUCAAUAAAAGACAAAGAUAAGAGGUUUGCAGCUUUUAUGGCUCCGCUGACUUUUGGGCGUGUGAAUAUUGCAGCUACUGCAGUUUAUAUAUCAAAGGUGGCUUUAGCAAUUACUGUGAGAUAUGCUUUGACGAGGCGAGCUUUUUCCAUAUCUGCUAAUGGGCCUGAGGUUCUGUUGCUGGACUAUCCUAGCCAUCAAUGGCGUAUCUUACCCUUAAUUGCAAAGACUUGUGCUAUGAGUUCUGCAGCUAAUUAUUUGAAAAGAUUAUAUGUUAAGAGGACACCAGAAACAAACAAAAGUAUUCACAUAUAUUCCAGUUCUCUGAAAGCUACACUUACGUGGCAUAACAUGAGAGCACUUCAGGAGUGUCGCAAAGCCUGUGGUGGGCAAGGCUUGAAAACAGAGAACCGAAUUGGUAUUCUAAAUGGUGAGUAUGAUGUCCAAUCUACCUUUGAGGGAGAUAACAACGUAUUGAUGCAACAGGUUAGCAAAGCACUCCUUGCAGAGUAUUUAGCAGCAGAAAAGAUGAAGAGUUCAUUCGAGGGAUUGGGGUUGGAACACAUGAAUGAUCCUUGCCCAAUUAUCCCGGCUAAUCUAACAAGUUGUACACUUAGAAGCAUCAAGUUCCAGCUUGACCUACUCUGCUUGAGGGAGAGAGAUUUACUUGGGCGGUAUGCUAGUGAAGUGUCUCAAUAUCAAGCCCAAGGAGAAAGCAAACAGAAGGCAAUGCUUUUGAGUCAUCAGCUUGCUGACGAAUUGGCAAGGGCGUUCACUGAACGCACAAUAUUGCAAAUUUUUGCGGAUGAUGAGAUGACUCAGUCUGCUGGACCACUAAAGGAGCUACUGGGGCUGCUGAGGUCGAUGUAUGCCUUGAUCUGUGUGGAAGAAGAUGCUUCAUUUCUUCGCUAUGGGUACUUGUCACUUGAAAGUGCUGCUGCCGCAAGGAAAGAAGUCAUGAAGCUGUGUGGUGAUCUAAGGCCCCAUGCACUUUCUGUGGUCAGUUCCUUUGGAAUCCCUGAUGCUUUCCUGAGCCCAAUUGCUUUCGAUUGGAUUCAGGCCAACUCCUGGGCUUCCCUGAGCAAUGAAUAAAUCACAAACUUUUCUUUCACGUUCUUUGGAUUUGUUUCAGUUCAGACUUCAUCUUGAUAGACUCACGAUAAGUGAAACAUCUGUGGCAUUUAAUUGCAGCUUUUGCAGUCUACGGUUCUCCUCCCCUAAUAAGCAAGAGCAUAUGUCGGACCAGGAAUGUAGACACUCUGAAGUAUCUAUGCUAUAAUUGUAUUGUGGA